GGAACACGAAGAGCCGCACAGUUGUUGGUAUUUGGGUGAAAUUAUUGUUGUGAGCCGAAGUGUGUGUAAUUUUUGUGCGAAAUGCAUUUAAAGGUGCAAAAUUGAGAAAGAAAUUUAAAAGAUAAUUGAUUUGUUCACAGAAUUCGCGAGACAUCGAGUUUGUGCCUUAAGUCUUUUAUGUUGAGUCAAAAAACAAACAAUGGCUGUCAGUAACGAUGUGGAACGAAUUUAAUUAAAUUUAAUAACAAAUAUUACAGACUGUCUAUAAAUACAUACAUACUUACAUGCAUUUAAAAAAAAAUGCAUAUAUUUACAUACUCGUAAGCAAAAAACAAAAAACAAAAAAAUCUAUGAAGAGUUAAACGUUUAAAUAUUGCAACCGCUGCUAAACAAUGAAAAAAUAUUUCCAGUAAUUAAUUCUAUUUACGUGCACCAAAACAAUCCUCUUAAUCUUCAGCUCAAAAACAACGUCUAAAAAAGGUCCGUGCAGGUAAAUGCUAAACUGCUGGUGGCACAACGGAGUAGAGCAAGGAAAGCAAAGUAAAUAAAAUUUUUUAUUCAAUUGCAUUGUAGUCGGGCAUCCGUUUCCGGUUCAUUGUUUGUUUGCAUUUUCAUGAAUGAAUCAGCAACAAUACGUUUUGACGACUGAGUGAUUAAACAAACCGCGCGCAAAAGUGAUUGCUAACUGUAGGUAAAAGUACAUACUACACACACACACACACGCUCAUUUACGAAAAAGGCAGCAAAUGCUUCUUUUCGAGAUUUGUUUGUGAGCCCAAUGAGCCCAGCAGCCAGCACAGUGGCACAUUCAUGCAUUCAUUCAUAAAUUCUAUAGCAGGUAACUAAAAAAGCAAUUAAAAAUUCUGAGCUGCCGUGCUGUGUCGCCACCGUCACCAAAGGACAAACCGCACAACCGUCCAACCGUCCAAAAAUAUCUUAAGUGCAUUCAGCAACAUUUCGUCUGUCAGUGGUAAACGAGCACAUUGCGCAAAUAAGGAAGUUUUCUGUGUAGAGACAAACGCACGUAUUUCUGUUCGAGAUAAGAUGUUUAUCACCUGUACGGCAAAUCGCUCGGAGUGAACAAAUAGCACGUACAUAUUUGUAUUGUACGGACCCCUACCUAACAGGCAUACCUUAUCGCUGUUGUUGUACUUGCAAAGGCGGUGCGUUCGGUGUAGUGUCACACUGAAGUACUCAAAACGAUUUUCCAAAAAUCGCCAUUUAUCUUGCACAUAAAAGUGUAGUUUCUACUGUGCAUAGAUAAGCUAAGCGUUGGGAAACGCAUAACCGGCACGGAGAACUGCUAAACCAAGUUCGUGUGCUAGUUGUAUAAUUCGCUUAAAGUUAAUACAUCGGCCUGAAAUACAUAGCAGCAACAGCAGCAGCAGCAGCCAUGGCAGCUGAUAUACGAGCGUCUGCUUAUUUGAGCGCAAUUUCACUAAAUUUGCUCAUUUGUAUCAUCUUAAUGCGUGGAUCGAUGGGCAAUGAUUUGCAUAUUUCGCGUACCGAUGCGAAGGCAACACAAACAGCCACAGCACCAACAACAGCAGCAACAACAGUUGUACCUGCGAUGACCCCAAUGCCUGCAGCAAUAACAACAAUCACUUUACUAACGAAAAGUUCACCCUAUAGCACAUCCUCUGCCGACGCACUGCCCAGCAAUGCGAGCGACAUUUCCAACUCGAUUAUGUUGGCUGGUGCUGCCACUGCGAAAGUCAGACCUACGCCUAUGAUUCCACAUCCGCCACCAGCCAUAAAAUCCACGGGAAAGCUUUUCAACAAGAGUUUGCCUAAGCGGCGAAAGGCUGGCGAAAUAUCCGCCAUUCCCGUUUACGAUCCCACUGUUGAGUGGAAGUGUCCGAAUGUGACGAGUUCGCGGAGUUUGGAAUGUGGCUGCGAUUUGCCACAUACGCUCCGUUGUACGGGCGAUUUGCAUGGCUUAACGGUACUUGCAAGUAAUUUGAGAGUGUCGCCCUAUACAAUCUCGCUGUUGGACUGCUCUUUGCGGAAUGUGACUUUCUUGAGUGAUGCAAAAAUCUUCGAAGGUAUUUCAUUGUAUGGCUUGGUGAUUUCAUCUGGUGAAAUUAAACGAGUACAUAAAUCGGCAUUUUUGGGCAUAAAAGGGCCGUUACAGGCUUUAGGUCUGCCCGCAAAUGCUCUUUUAAGUGUACCAUGGAACUCCAUAUCCACACUUACUGCGCUCGAGCGCUUGGACUUAUCCAACAAUAAAAUAAAAGCUUUAGGCACAUCUGACUUCGCCGGGCUCUCCAAUCUGGUCUAUCUUGAGCUGAGUAACAAUCAAAUAUCUAGCAUUUCCCAGCGUACAUUUAUGAACUUGCGUAAGUUGGAAGUACUAAAAUUGGGCGGCAAUCGUCUGGGAGACUAUCCAACCAGCCUUAAAGCGCUCACGUCAUGCUACAGUUUACGACAACUUGACCUGUCAGCCAAUAACCUGAAUGGUCCGCUCACUGCCACAACCUUGCCGGGUUUGCGAAAUCUAGAAUCGCUGGAACUGAAUCGCAACCUCAUCAAGAGCAUACAAAACAAGGCGCUGCAAAAUUUCUCCGGUCUUACCAGCCUUUCGUUGCGUCACAAUCAAAUUGAUGUAUUACAAGAUCACGCUUUUUACGGACUGGGUACACUUGAAAGUCUCGAUCUCAGCUUCAAUGGCAUCGUGGCCAUCUCAAGCGCUUCGCUGCAACAUCUUACUCGUCUUAUAACACUCGACCUCACGCAUAACUUUUUGCGCGCAUUGACCUCUGAUCUCAUCACGCCGCUACCAUCGCUUCAAGUGCUACGUUUGGCCGGUAAUGAUAUUUCGAUUGUGGCCAAGAAUGCUUUGGAUGGGGCACGUGAAUUGAAGAGCCUUUCCAUGCAGGAUAAUCCCUUGUCGUGUGACUGCACCAUACGCUCGUUUGCCGAGUGGUUGCAGGUGGCCAAUAUACAGUCGGGCGAUUUGAUAAGCGCUACUUGUGUGACACCGCCACGGCUGGAGGGUGCACCGCUCAUACAAGUACCAUUGGAGACUUUAAACUGUGAAAUGGACAAUGUGGAGAAGGACAACGCCAAUAUAAUCGAGCAGUUGGAAGCGAUAACGAGACAAAAUCAUACGACACACAUUAAAGAUUUAUCAGAGGAGAUUGUUUUGCAUGAACUGCAUUUUUCGGCCGAUUAUGGAUUAAUACUCACCUGGGUACUGAAUCUGAGUAAGAACGAUUAUAUGUGCGAUGCAAUCUUUGUCUACAAAGAGGAGAAUAUCAACGAAAUACUAAUCGAUAACUCACCGAUCCAUUGCGAAAGCAAAGUAUUAAAUGGCCAAAAUACGGUCAGUGUAAUUGUGCCAGACAGCUCUUCUUUGGAAAUUGGAGAAAGCUACCGCUUUUGUUUGGUUAUGGUGCAGGAGCAAAAUCACGAUGCUGACUUGAAUGUGGGCUGCUCAAACAUCACCAAACUGCAGCUGAGUAAUCCUGGUUCGAUACCAGAAGUGCGACAAUAUCAAAGACGGCCGUUUAAAACUGAGCUACCCACUUAUACAGACACCGAAAUGAGUUUCGCGCCCAUUGUCGCACAUACAAUGGACGAGAAUCUGACGAACUCCAAACGAAAUUACAAUGCAAUUUUCGAAGAAGCAAAUCAAUCGCAACAAACCACACAACAGCAUACGUACAGCUUCCUAGAUUCAUUGAAUAAGAGUUUCCUACCCGGCUUGGGCGUUGGUAUAUUGGUGACCUCGGUGGUGGUACUCGUUUGGGGCGCUGCGCGUAUACGACAACAGUCGAACAAUAGUCGACCGAGCACGCCAACUGCCACCACCUGCUACGCGGCCUCGGAGCAUAUAGCGCGCCUAGCAGAUGCAGAGAAUGGAACGCGAUAUCUAAAGUUACAGGCCACCACCAGUCUUUGAGGAAGGGCAGCUGGUAUUCUAAGACAUUAUUGCCGCCAACUCCGCCACCCUAAUUGUUCAAAGUCGAGUCAGUCUUUAUGAAAUACAGCAUACAUAUGUGUAUAUGUAUGUGUGUAUGUAAGAGAUAGAAUUGUGAGUUGCCGAAAAUUAGCAACUCUUGUGAUAGUACUUUGUACCAAUGCAUUAAAUAAUGUUUUCUUUUUAAUCGAUUUUCUAGUUGUAAAGUUAACACUAUAGCACCUAAGCCAAAUAUUAAAAAAUUGUUAAUGCAUUUUCUCUUAGUAAUUGAUAGUUCUAAGGUUUUUCGACUUUCCAACAAAAUUUUCAUAACAUAACAACGACCUUUGUUGUUUUUUGAGUAGCACUGAAAACCUGCACAGAAGUGUAUUUUGUGCAUUGUUUGAUUCCUUGUGCCAUAACUGAACAUUUUCUGUACUCACACGCAUUAAUUUAGUUAUCUAAGUUGCUCGUAGUUGGCUCUUCACACCUACACGACUCUUUAAACUAUGCGUAAGUAAGUGUUUAUGAUUUAUCUUAUUUCAUUUGAUUAGCAAACACACACACAUUCAUAUAUAACUCAACUAAUUUAUUAACACCUUUAA